AUGGCUCUUCCGUUGCCAUUGAUCUUCCUCGUCUUCUCCCAUUUCUUCAUUUCCGGGGUUAAAUCGACGAGCUUCAUAAUGGAGAACAAAUGCGAAUACACAGUCUGGCCGGGACUUCUCUCCAACGCCGGAGUUCCACCACUUCCGAUGACCGGAUUCGUCCUCCAGAAAGGCGAAGAGCGAACAAUCAACGCCCCGGUCUCCUGGGGCGGUCGAUUCUGGGGUCGUACACUCUGCUCCACCGACACCGACGGAAAAUUCACCUGCGAAACCGGAGAUUGCGGCUCAGGCAAAAUCGAAUGCUCCGGAUCCGGCGCCGCUCCUCCCGCCACACUCGCCGAGUUCACGCUCGACGGAUCCGGCGGUCUCGAUUUCUACGACGUGAGCCUCGUCGACGGGUACAACGUCCCGAUGCUCGUCGUGCCUCAGGGAGGCUCCGGGCAAAACUGCAGCAGCACGGGGUGCGUCGUGGAUCUGAACGGAUCGUGUCCGACGGAGCUGAGGGUGGCGAGCGCCGACGGCGGAGGAGGGAAACAGUCGAUGGGGUGCAAAAGCGCGUGCGAGGCGUUCCGGACGCCGGAGUACUGCUGCAGCGGCGCGUUUGGAACGCCUGACACGUGUAAACCGUCGUCGUACUCGUUGAUGUUCAAAACCGCGUGCCCACGUGCGUACAGCUACGCCUACGAUGAUCAAAGCAGCACCUUCACAUGCGCCAAGUCCCCUAAUUACGUCAUCACCUUCUGCCCAUCUCCUAACACCAGUCAAAAGUCAUCUCAAGAUCAGAGCCCGGAUACGAAACCGACGACGCCGCAAGGAUCGUCGGCAACUCCUGCCGGAGGGAGCACGACGUGGUCGCCGGUAGAUACUUCGAUGAUAUACGAAGGAGCUCUGGACCAGAGCAAAGCAUCACCGUCCACGUGUCAUCUUGCUUCUUUAUGUGGAAUCACAGUCACUCUCGCGCUGGCGUUUUGUCGGAUGUGGCGGCUCUUUUGA